AUGCCCAGCUUCGGUCGCCUGGGCAAGCACAGCAACCGGUCGCAGCACGCGAUUGCGGCCGAGGCACAGUCAGCCUUGCCCACGGGCUCUUCCUCGGCGCUGAGCUCCAGCGAGUCGUUUGUCCCUCAGCAGCACAAUCAACAGCAGCAGCAGCAGCUUCAAUUCCAACAGCAGCAGCAGCAGCAGCAGCAGCAGCAGCCCAGGCUUUCGUCUGGAGGACCGCCGCCGUCUCACGCCCAGCUGUUUCAGAGCCAGAACCCCGCCGUGGCAGUGCCCGCUUAUGACGAGCGCCAGCUCCAGCAGCUCCAGCAGCACCAGUUACAGCACCAGCAGCAGCACUUCCAGCUCCAGCAGGGGGGUCCCCUACCACCGCAGCAGCAACAGCUACAACAACAGCUACAACAACAGCCACAACAGUCGCUGCCACCACCGCCGCCUCAACAAAACAAGCUGCAGAAGCUGCCUCCUCAACAGCCGCAGCAGUUAUUGCAACAACAACAGCAACAACCGCAGGGUCAUCAACCUCCGCAGCAGUUCCAGCAGCCCGGCGACUUUGACUCCGCUUCGUCCUCCACCUCGACCGCCGGGGCCCGUCAGAGCCAGCGCUACAGCCUCCACAACCUGCUAAACAUCUCGCAGACGUCGCUGCACGACCAGCCCGGCCAUCACCAGAACCAGCCUCAGCAGCAGCAGCAACCUCCGGCUGCCGGCCAGUCCGCUGCCACGUCCAAGAAGCGCUCGGCCCAAAAGAUCAUCAAGGGCCUCUUCUCCGGCCGCGGCCACGACAGCCACCGCGAUCAGCAGAACCCCUCAUCGUCAGCGUCUUACGAUAACACCGUGGGACUCGCCCGCAGGCCGUCCAAGAGGGUCAGCACGCUUGGCCAGCAGCAUCAGCCGCCGCCAAACCUCAAGACCGGCCUCUCCGCCGUGUCAGACCGCGAUUGGCACUCGCACACGCACACGCCUAGCUCGUCCGUGCACCAGACGUCGCCGCUGCAAGGAGUGGGCGAGGCUGAAGAGUACUACGCUGCCGACCACCAGUAUCACGACCUGCAGCAUCAGCAACAGCAACAACCGGAUCUGCGAGUCGACCCGCGACACUCGGUGCCCCCCAUCAACACCGCGCGCGGCAUUGGCGCCCUAGACGACAUCUCAUCGCCCUACGACGACGCCGUCUACCACGCGCCCCCUCCUUCUGCGCUUCACCACCCCUCACCAAGCCUUUCCCAGCAUCAGAACUCGCCAUCUCAGCUGCAGCCUCAGCCUCAGCCUCACGUGCUCGCAUCACAGGAAUCCCUGCAGCCGCAGCAUCAUCAACAACAGCUUCAGCAGCAGCAGCAGCAGCAGCAGCUCCGAUACGAUCCCCAACAGCAGCACCAACAACAAGCCGCUUACGAUCAGCAGCUGCCGCCCCCACCUGCAUCGUCCCAGCAGUAUUACAGCAACGCCAACUCACCGCAAGAUCAGUAUCAGCAAACCACCGAUCCGCGCAUCGUCACCACGCAUCUAGUCACGGGAUCGCAGCAGCAGCAGAACCCGGAAACCGUAUCCCAGCUGUCGCGUGAGUCUCCAGCCCCCGACUCUGACCAGCGAUCCUUGAACCAGCAGCCGUCUCCUGCGAUCCACUACUCAGUGCCGCAGGCUCACGACCAGUCUUCCAACGUUGCCCUGCCGCCCUCGCAGCCCGCGAACCAACAGCAACUCUCGCAGCCCGCCAUGGCUCCGCCUGGAGGAGGAGGCGUACCGACGAAUCGCCGGCCGGCCGAUGCUGAAAAGGCCCUGCCCGGAGCGCCGCCGGGAUAUCGUCACACGCACACAAAUUCCAACAACCUAAACGCCCCCGGCGCAUCUCUUCAGCCUGGCCAACAGCCGGCUAGCUCAACCAGCGGCGCAGCCGUUGCCUCUGGUGCCGCAGCCGGCGCCGGCGCUGCUGCCGCCGGUGCUCCUCCGCGAUACGAAGCAGCGACUGGAGACCAAGGCCGGAAUAGCCCUCAGCCUUCUACCCACGAGCGUGACAGUACCGAAUCUGAUAAAGCCUUUAAGGAAUUGCUCACAAAGUACAAAAACGUCAAACGCCUCUAUUUCGAUGGCAAGUCUCAGAUCGAACAGCUCAACGGCCAAGUUGAGCACCUGCAGAAUGCCGUCGCCAACCAGCGCAUGUCGCAGUCGCGCACCGCGUUGGACGACAACGAGUAUGUCAACCGAUUCAACCGACUGAACGGCGCCAUCAACAAUCUGGCAUUCAAUAUCCGCAAGGACUGGCGACGCCUGCCCCUGUGGCUGGAGAACUAUGUCAGCCCCGACGCUCUCAAGACAGGCAAGCAGGAGAUGACGGCAGUCGGCAGAGCCGUCAUUACCAAGUGGAUCGUGGAUGAAGUCUUCAACAAGUGCUUCCACCCAGACCUAGACGCGGCCCUUAGCUCCCAGCUCAAGGAGAUUGAGCUCAACAUCCGGGGCAAUGCGUACACCAUGCACAGCCAGGAAGAGUUUGAUGCCUUGACCACAAAGGUAGUCAACUGGCGAAUGGCGACACUGGAUGGCCUGCAGCAAAAGCUGAGCUCCUCAGCGGCGGCCGACAACCGAGCAUCAUUGAUUACCAAGACGCAGACGAAUCUGACCGCCCACCUGUACCAGUUCCUGAUCGAGCCGCCACCGGCCGGGGUUGACGGCAGUACCUCCAUGAUUAUGGAGCUCGCUGUCGGCAUUGCGGCCAACAUGCCCCGAGAGAGCCGCGACGUCACCAUCCAGUAUCCGCUGCCGGGCGACGUGCUGCAGGCCGGUGUGAUGGACGUUGAAAAGACGCCGUUGCCUCCUCUGGACGGCCAGAAGGAGGGCGAGUCCAGUAAGCCAGACAGCGAUGCGGACAAGGACAAGAGUAGCAGUAGUGGAGACUCUAGCAAGGCUGGCUUCGCCAAAGAUGCCAGUCGGGUGCGGUUUGCCGGAUUUGUGGCUCUCGAAGUAAGAGGACGGCAAGUCUUGGUGAAGGCACCAGUAUGGGCCAUGUAGUGGAGGAUAUUUGCGAUUGAACCCCUUUUUUUUUCUUUUUUUUUUCUUUUUCUUUUUUCCAUACCGAGGCAGGCAUCGAAUGGAUAUCCCAUCAUAUUUUGAUCCCCUUCCCCUUUUCUUUUUUUCUCUUCUAUAAUUUCAUAUGCUGCUCUCUUACUGGCAUUGUCGAUGGUUAUGAGAGGCACACAUAUUUUCUUCUUCUCUUUAUUUUUACUCUAUGUAUCUCACGGAAGUUAUGUGAAACGGUGACUUGGGGGCAUUUUCCCCUUCAUCGGAUGAGAGACGACGAUGGGAGGAUAGGGAGGCUUGUCUUUUUUGUAGACUUUACUUGGGAGCCGUCUAAGGAUGAAGCAGAAGGGGAAAAAAGCAUAAAGAGUUAGACGGACGGCCCCGAGAGGCUAUUAGAGUAGAUGAUGAGAGACAUGAUUGCUACGUGCGAUUGCUCCUUGGUUAUUGAUGACUGCCUGUGGCGAUGGUUGCACAGCUUGAUGAUGCCAAACUUGUCAGCCUUGUGCGGAAAGGCCUUUUUUCUAUCGAGUUUCUAAUCGUGCAUAUCUGAUUUCCCCUUUUCGAUUGAAUUUUUUCAAAAAACG